GGACUCACAGGGCUGGGAACACACUGAACCAUAAGGAAAUGUGCGAGGUUUAAAAUAAAACGCAGCUAUUCCCCCAGGAUGGUGACAGGCAUCUGGACUAAAGAGGUCUGGUUUGGUUUAAAUCAGUAAAAAGCCUCAACCUACAUAUUUGCUUCAUUUUUGUCGAAUUAAGACGCAGCUAUCAGGAUUUAAGUACCUAGACACAUAUAAGAAGGAGGAGUACAUGUACUGAGUAAUAAGGUGUAAUCGGUCCCGUACCUGCGAUGGCAACCCCGUGUUAAGCAAGUUAGCGCUGCAAGAGGACAACGGACAGUCUGUGCUGCGAGUGAAUUACGGUACCGACCCGGGAAGACGGCAAACUGCAGAUUGCUCUAUAGUCUGUCUGUUGAUAUCAGUAGCCUAAUCCAGAGCGCGCAACUGAAGAAUACAGGGCAGGGGGAAAAAAUAGCUGCUGAACUAAGAAUAACUAUACUACAGUUGAAUAACCAGUGAAGACUCUCACCUAAAGAGUAAACACACGGCAAGUGCGGGAUACGGAUAUUCUGAGGAAACGCACCGGCUGCUCAAAACGUCCAACGUCUUCAUGGAAGCAGAAGCCUAAAAAGCAAGGAGAGGAAUCCGGAGAAAGCCCAGCAGAGCUGCACAACAUCGCACCUGCCUCGGGAAGACGGGGGGAUAUCUGUCUGGGCUCGUUUUCUAAGGUGAUGCCACGAAAUGGGGGGAAAAAUGAAGAAAACCACCGACGGCAAUUGAUGAGCAAACGAUUAAACGGUGUCCGCGCAGGCGUCCGCUUCCACGUACUCGGAUUGAGCCCAAAUCGUGUUUUGUGAUGUUUAAAGCGAUGAACUGCGGCUGAUGCGUCGGUCUCUUUAGUGACUAUUGCCCGACGAACGAGAGAUUAGAUCUGCGGUGGAGGUUGCAAUGGCUUACCAUAAACUUUUUGAACUCAUGAACGCGCUUGGAUUAUCUUUUACCCCUAUUUACGAUUCAUACAGUCUGCGUGGAAGCCAAACAUUACCAAGAAAUCUGUUUCCCAGGAAGACACUGUGAGAAGUUCAAUCGGGCAGUUUUCUUACCACUUUGGGCAAGUGACGAUUAUGCCGCACAACUUUACCAGGAGACCGCCCCCCCGCCUGGCCCUGGCCGUCGUCGCUCUGCUGCUCCCUCCGCUCUGUCUGACGUCUCCGCGUUCCUCAUGGGUGUCUGCAGGGGGCGCUCUGGGGCAGCCAGUCCGCACACGCCGUCAGCUGCCCUACGAGAAUGACUGGGGCUCCUGGGGAGGCUGGUCCACGUGCUCGCGCACCUGCGGGGGAGGGGCCUCCAUGCGGACGCGGGUCUGCAUCACCAGAAACCUAAUUGCGGGACCAUGUCCGGGUGAUACCAGGCAGUACAAGAUCUGCAACACUCCGGAGUGUCCCGCAGGGUCUCUGGAGUUCCGGGAGCUGCAGUGCGCCGCUUUCAACGACAGACCGCUGGUGGCAGGGAACAGCUAUAAGUGGACCACCUUUCAUGGAGGCUCCAAUCCCUGCGAGCUCAGCUGCCUGGCUCUGGGCCAGAACUUCUACUAUAACUUUGGCCGCGUGCUGGACGGGACGUCGUGCGACACGGAGCCCGGGGUGGUCUGCGUCAACGGCCGCUGCCUCAGGCCGGGCUGCGACCUGAUCCUGGGCUCGUCACAGCGGGAGGACGCCUGCAUGGUUUGUGGGGGCCAGAACAGCACCUGCCUUCGCCACCGCAGCGUGUAUCGGAGCGGCCAGCAGGGGGCGGGUCUGUUCGGAUACAACGAGGUGGCCAUGAUCCCAGCCGGUGCCACUCACAUCCGGGUCACCGAUAACAGCAAGAAUUAUCUCGCCCUGCAGAACGGACGCUCACAGUUCAUCAUCAACGGAGACUGGAAGAUCAGCAUCCCCGGGGAGUACAGCAUCGCGGGGACCAAGGUGCUGUACCGUCGCUCUACAGACACCUGGGAGAGUUUCGAGGCGCCAGGGCCGACCCGAGAGGACCUGCACGUCAUGUUGCUGUCCACAGAUACCAAUCCUGGGAUAGAGUACGAAUACUGGCUCCCCCGCGACAGCUACACGCUCUACCACGGACAGCGGGGCCCGCUGCGUCAGCCGUACCACGCCGCCACCUUCCCGCCGGUCUCCAUGACGACCACCGUGCGGCCUCUGCCUGUCACCACACGCCCUUUCUGGGGAGGCUGGCCUGCACAGCGACCACAACAGCAGCCACUGCCCCGACUGGAGAGGGAUGAGAGCCACAGGAACCUGCUUCCUCAGGGUCCCCAGUCUGGGCGCUGCAGGAGGUGCAGGAAGGUUAGAGGCCGGGGAGAACGGCAGAGGCAGUAUUGCCAGAAGGACUUUGUUUUUCGAGCCAAGGUGCUGGGGAAGCUCUACCUGGGCGAGGAGACCCGCUAUGACGUGCACGUCAUCCACACCUACCGCAACCGCUUCCGGCUGGAGCGCCGCGAGUUCCUGUGGGUCCCCAACACGUGUGACUGCCCCCUCAUGGAGGAGGGCCGGCAGUACGUGCUGAUGGCCCGCCGCCACGUAAAUUACGAGCGCACGCUGAACCGCAUCCUGCUGGAGGAGGACAGCUAUGUGCAGCAGUACCGCCCCCGAGAGGACAGCCUGCUGCGCCCCCUGGAGGAGAUCUGCAGUAAUCAUGGUCCCAGGCUGCCGUCUACAAAAAGCUGAAAAAAAUAAACAUAACCCCCCCCCCCCCGGACUUUUGUAAAGGAAACUACAGGAGAAAAUGGACGAGUGAAGGGCUUCAUUAGGAGUCUCUGAGCAGGACUGUCACAAGUUCCAUGUAUCAAAGAUUCCCACUGUAAGGCAGACAGCCAUGUGUGGGGUCACGUUCGGGGAUUCCCCUCGGAUAGCCAAUCAGCAGACGGACUGUCACUCGCCAGCCAUUGGGAUUAUUUUUAGAUUCCUUGCUCUUCUCAUCAUAAUUAAGGUUCUGCUAUGUACUGCUAUAUAUUGUAUUUAUGAAGCCACAGGAUAAGAAGAAAUAUAUAUAUAUAUAUUUACAUGCAUUUAUUUGUGUAUUUUUUCUAUCAUUUUGAAUAAAGAAAACCUAUUUUGAAAUAUCCUU